UUUUCUUUCGUCAUGUCCAUAUCCGUCCAGACUGCAGCGCAAAACAACCAACUCCAUGUAGUUCGCUCUCUAGUCACUGAAAGCCCCAAGUUAAUCAAUGCAAUAGACGCAGAUGAACGCACGGCGCUCCAUUGGGCAGCAUCUUCUGGUGCUAAAGACAUCGUUCGCUUCCUCAUCGACAAAGACGCGCAAAUCGACGUGGUCGACAAUAUGGGCUGGUCACCCCUCCACAUCGCAGUUAGUGCAGGCCAUGAUGAAGUUGUCCAAGAACUUGUCGGCGCGGGUGCCGACGUGAACAAGUUUAGUGUGAUUUCCCCAAUUUCCUCCACAACACGCGUUUUUAAUGUCUGCUUUAGGAAGAACGGGAAGGGGAUAACACCUUUACACUAUGCCGCGUCCAAAUCGCGUAUCGACAUCGGCAAACUGCUGAUUUCACGGGGCGCCGAUAUCAACGCCAAAGAUAACGCGAACCAAGUCCCCCUACACCGUGCGGCCACAACUGGAUCCGCUGCGUUCAUUAAUCUCCUCCUCAAUUCUUCUGUGCCGCCGGCCAAAACACGUCUCAACAAUGCUGAUCGCAUUGGAAACACACCCUUACAUCUUGCCAUGGACUCUGCUCAUGCGGAGGCUGCGGUUAUUCUUAUCAACGCUGGUGCCGAUCGAACCAGGACAAAUUUGGAUGGAGAAAUGCCUGAAGAUGUUCCUGGUGUGGGUGAUCCUGAACAGCGUCGUGUCAAGGCAUAUGUAGUCGAAGCCUGCGGACCAAGAGAGUAG